AGAAGCUGAGGAGGCAGGCACUGAGGGAUGAUAAGUUAGUGUGUAUGGAGCAGGCUAUUCCCAACUGUCUGAAAGAUGUCUACUUGUUCAACUGUUGCCCAGAGCCCUGGGGGAUGAUUCGCACUCACUAGCAUGCCUGGAUGGUUCAAGAAGGUGUGGUAUGGGCUGGCGUCUCUACUCAGUUUCUCUUCCUUCCUUCUGAUCAUCGUCGCCUUGGCUCUGCCUCAUUGGUUGAGCGGGAAAAUCUUGUGUCAGACUGGAGUGGAUUUGGUCAAUGCCACAGACCCAGAACUGGUCAAAUUCAUCGGGGACAUUUACUACGGUCUCUUCCGAGGCUGCAAGGUGCGGCAAUGUGGACUCGGGGGCCGCCAGUCCCAGUUUACAAUCUUCCCGCAUCUGGUGAAGGAGCUCAACGCAGGCCUGCACAUCACUAUUCUCUUGCUCCUCUUCCUGGCCUUGGCCCUGGCUCUGGUCAGCAUGGGCUUUGCUAUUCUCAACAUCAUUCAGGUCCCCUACAGAGCGGUCAAUGGCCCUGGUGGCAUCUGCCUUUGGAAUGUCCUUGCAGGUGGCGUCGUGGCAUUAGCCAUCAGCAGCUUCAUGGCUGCAGUGAAGUUUCAUGACCUGACAGAAAGGAUCGCCAACUUCCAGGAGAGGCUUUUUCAGUUUGUAGUGGUGGAAGAACAGUAUGAAGAAUCGUUUUGGAUCUGUGUGGCAAGUGCCUCGGCCCACGCAGCAAACUUGGUCGUGGUGGCCAUUAGUCAAAUUCCCCUCCCGGAAGUCAAGACUAAAAUGGAAGAGGCUACAGUUACCCCCGAGGACAUCUUAUACUGAUAACGGACUCCUGCUCACACCUUGUGACGUCAAUGGGGGCACAGGCUUGACUUUUCCAGCUUCCUCGCUCCACAGUGCGCCCAUUCUUGGUAGUAAGAAGAAGGCUCUGAAGGGACUACAGGAGUCCCAGAGAGGAAAAAACUGUCCUGAUGACCAGGGCACUUGUGCUUCUUUAUGAUGAUGCCCUUGAAGAUGAACUGGAGACUCCUGAACUUGUCAGCUGUAUCUAACACUCACUAAUUCUCAGUUCCCUCAUCUGUCAAAAGUGGAGGUAAUAAAAACUUUGCAUGCUCUGUUGUGACGUCCCAACGGUGCUGCUGGUGAUGCCACAAGCGCAGUUCUCUACAAAUAAGUUACAUAUACUCCAUUACGAUUCGGUAGGGCCUUGAUCUGUUCUCUACAGUAUUGGAAUGUGCAAAGAAGACUGUGCUGAUCAUGUCUCUAUUCUUGAGAAGUAGUAAUGUAUUACCCAGAAUUUCAAGUAUCUAAGAAUGGAAAUAAGUGUGGGUUUCUGAGCUGCC